GCAUUUGACAUAAUCAACAUCAAAAUAAAUUUUUUGUCAAAUUCAUAAGUGUUUUUCUCUACCAUUUCGAAAAUAGCCAAAAUUCCCCGUGUUUUUCAAGAAUGUUCGAGAAAGGUUUAGAGUACGAAGUGCGUCCCAAAUCAGAGCACAAAAUCGAAGAUUUCGAACGUGGAAUAACAACAAGACUAAUGGCUAAGAGACUCAGUGGAAGUAGUGACGAAUACAGAAGAAACAGUCUUAAUUUUCCACCCGGAUCUUUCAUACCCAACUCGAACAAACUCCUAAACCGAUCCAAACUGAAUAUCGAAGAAGAAGGUCAUCAGAGGCAGAGAACAAGAUGCAAUUUCAAUGUCUUAACGAGUGUCUCAUUUUCAGAUACUAAGAGUACUUCUGGUUCAGGAAUUACAGUCUCCAAUCUAGUCGCAUAUAGGGAAGAACACCCAGAAAAAAGCUCCGUAUCAGAGACUCCCCUUCCUAGUGAAUCGCCACUACAAAAGAUGCGAGAAUCUGUGAGAAGACGCUCGCGUAGUAGCAGUAGAAGCUCAGCCAUGUCUCAAAAGUUGUCUCAGAACGAUUUUGAGAGGUCUUCCAGGAGGAAAUCUAUGAGGACAGAUGAGUUUCCAGUAGCUGAAGUGCGUAAGCCGUCGCCACAAUCGCUGAAGCGGUCCAUCGACAAUUCUGACCAAGAGGUUGAACUGCUUGACGUUGACGAAUUGACAAAUAUGGAACGUAGAACCCAAAAAAGUAAAAAUUCCAUUGGAAGAGUUUCUUUCGAGAAGAAUAGAGGUUGAUAAUUUAUCAAAAAAAAAACAUUGGAGAUGAAAAAAUAUGCACUGACUGAAACUUCAACACUGCAUCGACACAACUUCACAAUUUCAUAUUAUGCGAAAUUGUGUAGUGAUUUUUGUCAUGGAACAUAACUUCAAGAAUCGAAAGCUAAAUGAAAGGACGAAGGAAAGUCAUCUAAUGAAGUUAAUAAAAAAAUGCUUCACCUAAUGAAUGAUAUGAAUAUUCAUUUCAGUAAGAUCAAAUAUAUUUGAAAAUUAAGCUGAAA